AAUAAUUUAAGAAUAGCAAAACUGUAUAUGUAAAUAUACAGCGCACAUGGUUUUAUUUAUUACAUAAAAUAAUUUUUUUUAUUUUGUAAUAUUACAAAAUGUUAGCUACAAAAACAUUUUUUCGUAAGACUAAAAGUGGAAAUAUUUUUAAGAUUGUAAGAGAUCAUUACCUGCGAGAUGAUAUUUGGUGUGGAUCUGAAGCUUGUGAGUCGUGUAAGCCACGUAAAAAAGAUCUUGUGCUAGAAGAAGAAAAUCCAGGAACCAAGAGCUCACUUAUUUCUGGCUCGUACUAUUUAUUACUGGACACCAAUAUAGUUCUUGAUCAAAUAAAUAUCUUGGAAGAGGAUUUGCUGUGCAAUGUAAUUAUCCUCCAGACGGUUUUGGAAGAAGUAAAGCACCGUAGUUCUAAUGUUUACAAAAAAUUGAAAGACAUAAUAGCUGAUCCAAAACGUAAAUUUUACGUUUUUGUCAACGAACACCACAAAGACACCUUUGUCGAGCGGGUACCUGGUGAAAAAAUAAAUGACCGCAAUGACAGGGCCAUCAGAACUGCCUGCCUGUGGUACAAAAGUCAUUUGGAGCAAUCGAAAAAUAACAACAUCAAUAUUGUCUUGCUUACUGAUGAUAAUGAAAAUCGGAGCAAAGCGCAGGUUGAAGGCUGCCUUGCAUUUACAAUGGAAGAAUAUGUUUGUUCGCUGGAGAAUUCUGGGUUCUUAGAAGAUAAAUUAUGUAAAAAAAAUUAUGAAAUUGAUGGUGGGAAAGGUGAACCAUUAUUUCCCUCUCAUUUGACUCCAGCGCAAUUGCACGAUGGAAUUAAAAAUGGAAAAUUGCUUCAGGGAACAUUUUUAGCGUCACGGGAAAAUUUUUUGGAAGGAAGUGUUAACGUUGAAGGAAUGGAAAAAUUCAUAUUCGUACAAGGAAGAAUUGGAUUGAAUAGAGCUAUUGAUGGUGAUAUUGUAGCUGUUGAAUUAUUACCAGAAGAAGAAUGGUCAGUUCCAAGUGAAUUAAUCCUGCAAGACGAAGCUGAUGAAGAUGAUCCAGGUGACAUUUUGGAGGAAGAAAAGGAAAUAAUUGUUAAGACGACGACAGAAGUUGAACGAACGCCAACAGGUAAAAUAGUUGGCAUCAUAAGAAGAAAAUGGCGACAAUAUUGUGGCAUAUUGCAGCCAAGUGCUGUCAAAGGGAAUGUAAAGCAUCUUUUCGUCCCAGCUGAAAGGAAGAUUCCUAAAGUGAGAAUCGAAACACGACAAUCAGAGACUUUGAGUAGCCAAAGAAUAAUUGUUGCUAUUGAUUCUUGGCCAAGAAAUUCUCGAUAUCCAUCGGGACAUUUUGUUCGCGCGCUAGGAAAAGUCGGUGAUAAGGAAACUGAGAACGAAGUGCUUUUAUUGGAACACGAUGUACCACACAGUAGAUUUUCCGACGCUGUUCUUAGUUUUCUUCCAAAAUUACCUUGGAUUAUCACCGAGGAAGACAUUGCAUCGAGAGAAGAUUUACGUCAUCUGGACAUUUGUUCAGUAGAUCCACCAGGAUGUACUGACAUUGACGACGCACUUCAUUGCCGAGAUUUAGAAAAUGGAAACUUGGAAGUGGGCGUUCAUAUUGCAGAUGUUACGCAUUUUAUUCGACCUGGAACUGCUUUGGACCAAGAGGCUGCUUUGAGAGCAACUACUGUUUAUCUCGUUGAUAAACGAAUUGACAUGGUGCCAGGCUUAUUGAGUUCUAAUCUCUGUUCGCUUCGUGGCAAUGAAGAAAGAUUUGCCUUCUCAUGUAUUUGGGAAAUCGAUCACGAUGCUAAUAUUAUUAAUACGAGAUUUUGUAAGUCAGUAAUACGAUCACGACGAGCGAUGACUUAUGAAGAAGCUCAAUUAUUAAUCGACGAUAAAUCGCAAAAUGAUGCAUUAGCGGUAUCAUUGAGAGGAUUGAAUAAUUUAGCCAAGAAAUUGAAGAAACGUCGACUUGAAAAUGGAGCACUAGUAUUGGCGUCUCCAGAGAUACGGUUUCAAGUGGACAGUGAAACUCAUGAUCCAAUCGAAGUAGAAGCUAAAAAAUUACGCGACACAAAUUCUAUGGUCGAGGAGUUUAUGUUGUUGGCCAAUAUAUCAGUAGCAGAAAAAAUUUUAGCAGAAUUUCCUGAUUGUGCGAUGCUAAGAAGACAUCCAGAGCCACCACAAUCUAAUUUCGAGCCGCUCAUCAAAGCUGGCAGACAUCAAGGCUUUGAGAUCAACACUUCCAGCGGAAAAGAAUUAGCGCAAUCACUCGAAUGUGCCCAUAAAGAAGACAACCCAUACUUUAAUACGAUGUUAAAAAUUUUAGCUACUCGCUGCAUGAUGCAGGCUGUCUAUUUUAUAAGUGGUAUGGUUCAGCAAUCGGAAUUUUUCCAUUAUGGUUUAGCUUGUCCAAUUUAUACCCAUUUUACAUCACCAAUUAGAAGAUACGCUGAUAUAGUGGUCCAUCGAUUACUUGCUGUUUGUAUUGGAGCUGAUGCAACUUAUCCAGAUUUACUGGAUAAAAAGAAAAAUCAUGCACUUUGUCAUAAUUUAAAUUAUCGUAAUCGUAUGGCUCAGUACGCUGGACGUGCUUCAGUUGCUUUGAAUACCCAUUUGUUCUUCCGUGAAAAAGUUGAAGAUGAAGACGGCUACAUACUUUUUGUUCGUAAGAAUGCAUUGCAGGUCCUAAUUCCUAAGUACGGACUUGAAGGAACUUUGUACUUGAACAAAAAAGGUGACACAUCUGGAGUUAAAUUUAUUUAUAAUGAAGAAGAACACACACAGACGUGUGGUGAUGUUGUCUUCAGGUCAUUUGAUCCUGUUAUUGUACAAUUGAGCUUAGAUAGAUCUAAUGUCCAACACGAAAAAUUAGUAUUCAAACUUGUUAAGCCAGAGAUUUCUGGAUUCAGUGUUCCUGGAGUUAAAAAACGUAAAGUAUCAGAUCCAGAGCCAAUACCGAUUGAAGUUCCAGCGAAGAAAAAUAAAAAACAGAAGAAAAAGAAGAAUAAGAAGUAAUUAAAAUUUAUUGACAAUAUUAUGGCAUAAUAUUAUUAUAAUUGAAUGAAAUUGUUAUUUUUACCGUAUGAAUCAAGUUUGCAAGUGGUUUUGAAGUGUAAAUGUCAAUUUUAUAUUUUACAAUUAUAAGUGAGACAUAUUAUUUUCAUUAUUACUUUGGUAUUCAUGUUUAUAAAUAAUUGCAAAAAUAAAAUAAUGAUUUUUCAAAGUUGAACCCAUGUUAAAUUUCA